AUGUCACAGCCCCCGGACUUCGCAGUAGUUCUCUGUCACGGCUCUUACCACACCCCGGCUCCGCUCGCGAAACUGAACGUCGGGGAUGUCGCCAAUCCCGACUUCAGUCGCGAACCCCCACCGGAAGGUUAUCCCCAGGGAGAGGCGGACUCAGAAGCUGUGCUGAGCGUCCUGAAGCCGUUGGUAGAAGCGGGCAAGGAGGUCUUGAUCGUUGGCCAUUCAUCUGGCGGCUGGGUGGCCACGCAGGCGGCGCAGCGUGAUCUGCAGGCUGGCAUGCGAAAACCUCAAGGUCUUGCUGGAGGAGUAAUCGGCAGCCUCUACGCAGGUGCAUUCGUCAUUCCAAUUAGCGAAUCGGUGAACAGCUUCUUCCAGCCCAAGGACGGCAACUUUGUGACGCCCCCGUUCAUGACUUUCCACAAACACGGAGCCGCCGGGCUCGGCACGGUUGUCAACGCCGAAAAGUUCCUGUUCAACGAUCUCGACGAGUCCACCGCAAAACAGUGGGCAGCUACACUCACGGCCUCUCCCAUCCUAACUUCAAAGCUCACGAACGAUGCAUACUCGAUGCUACCGUGCGCCUACCUAGUCCUGAAUGGCGAUCUUACGCUUCCUCGUGAGUAUCAAGAAGGUAUGGUUGGUCUUCAGCCCUCUAAGACGGGCAACUUUACGAUCUACAAUUGCCCAGCCGGCCAUUCCCCUCAUCUCAGUUGGACCGAAGGCAUGGUAGAUACCAUUCUAAGCUUCGUCGACAAAAUCAAGGCUGAGACAGGGACCAAGGAAGCCUCCAAGUGA